CAAGCUAACGUUAGUCUCACUCAUACAGUCCCUCUCGCGAGAUACGUAUCUCCAUUAACACAGUUUAGUUACGUUAUAUAUUAUUGCAUGUAUAAUCGAGUAUAUGCUACGCAAAAUGAGGUAUUUUCUGCUAGUCAUGUCAAUUCUAUCGAUGGAAACUAUGAGUGCUGGCAAAAUGCGUCUUGAAUACCAAUGGAAAUACCUUGAUCUUCUGUGGGAGAGUCCGCAACAGAAGCAAGAAGCGAUAGACUCCGGCUCGUACAACCCUAGCGUUGCCUUUCUCUAUGAUGUAGAUAAGGCACCUGAUGGUAGAGUAUUUAUUACCGCGUCGAUAGAUAAAGGCAUACCGGUUAGUGUAAUGACGGUAACAAAUAAACAGGGAGAGGGUGGCCCACUGUUGCGUCCGUAUCCAGAUUGGUCUUGGUAUAGGAAUACAACAGAUUGCAACGGUCUUGCAGGUGGCGUUUAUCAAAUAGACAUUAAAUGCAAUCAUCUGUUUAUUGUGGAUGGUGGUAGAUCGGGGGAUAAUCAACUAUGCUUGCCACAGUUAUUGAUCUUCGAUUUAUCAACUGAUAAAUUAGUUAGACGAGUCCGCGUCAAUAUUGGAAUCGCUCACAACAAAACCGGCAGAGGACUGUUAGCCUCACUUUCCAUUUACGCUCCGAAUUGCAGAAAUGUGGAGAAAAAUGCAGUUGUAUUUAUGGGAGACGUAGAAGGUGCUGGUCUAGUGGUAUAUAAUGGACGUACUGCGAAGAUGUGUAGAAUCGAAUCUGAUUUCAUGAAACCAACUAAUAAUGGUUUCGUACUAGACAACGUGAGUUAUCCUCUCACUGACACUAUCUAUGGCCUGGCACUUAUUGGUGAAAGCUUAUACUAUGCUGCUUUGGCGGGGAACAAAAUAUAUAAAAUAGAAUAUUCGAAACUAAUGGAAUGUUCGGGAGAGGAUAUCGCGCGAGCUAAUCAGCGGACUAAAUUAGCGGGAGUGUUAAAUGGACAGACAGCAGCAAUAACGUCUGAUAGAUGUGUAUUAUUUUUCAGCGACAUUACCAAAACAUCUAUUAUGUGUGCGGACGCUACUAAAGCAAUUGACUCCAAAAAUAAGGCGGUAGUUGCACACGAUCCAAAAUUACUACAAUUUCCAAGUGGAAUUAAGAUUAGAGAACGCAAGUUAUUUGUUUUAUCAAAUAAAUAUCACAUACAUUUAAUGGGCUCAUCUUCUCCGCAUGAUCCACGGUAUCAACAUCUAUUAAAUCUGAAUGAGACAAAUUUCCGUGUUUUCUCAAUGCCAAUUAAGGAGAUUGAAAAAAAUACAAAUUGCUUUUCUUCGUGCAACUAGUAAAGUAUCUUCAAAUUUUACUUUUUCUUAUAUAUUGUGACGUAUAUUGCAAUAUAUAAUAAAAGAAAAAGGUUAAGUUAUGUACGCAUAUUUUCAUGUUGCAGUUAAAUAGCCUGUGGAUAUGUGGGUCUUCUAAAAUUUCCACUAUUUCCAGUCUCCUUUAGAAUAAUUAUAAUUUAAAGAUAAAUAAACUUUUCUAAGGUUUUCGCAAGCACAAUAUGUAAUAAGAUUGUCAACAUAAAAAUAAAAUUUAUCUUUCUCAUAUGCGUCAUAAAAAUCAAGUGUUUCAUAAUAAUUAUUUAAAUAAUUAAGCGUAUACUAAUCUGAUUGCAAAAAGAAAUCUGUAUACCGAUUUGGUUUAAUAUUAUGAUAAGUAUGCAACAUUACUAUCAUCACAAUCA